CCACAUGUCUGUCUGUGUGUUUUUUUUUUUAAGUAUGAGAUGGCCAUGGACCGGGUGCAAAAGAGCAAACUUUCCCUCUACAAGAAGACGAUGGAGUCCAAGAAGACCUACGAGCAGAAGUGCAAGGACGCAGAUGAGGCGGAGCACAUCUUCGAGCGCAUCAGCUCUCAGGGCAACCAGAAACAGGUGGAAAAGAGUCAGAACAAGGCAAAGCAAUGUAAAGACGCAGCCAACGAAGCAGAGCGGGUGUACAAACAGAAUGUUAGCCAGCUGGACAAGGUCAGGUGUGAGUGGGAGCAAGAUCACCAGCAGACCUGCGAGGCUUUUCAGCUCCAGGAGAGUGACCGCCUCACCAUUCUUCGGAACUCGCUCUGGGUCCAUUGCAACCAGCUGUCCAUGCAGUGCGUCAAAGAUGACGAGUACUAUGAAGAAGUCCGGAUAAGCCUAGAGGGCUGCAAUAUCGAGGCAGACAUAGACUUCUUCAUCCAGAACAAAAUGACGGGAACAGAACGGCCAGAGCCCAUUUCCUAUGAGAACUACUACGAUCGAAACCCCAAUGGAGGCUCCCACAGUCCCAACCUUUACCCGGCUUGUGGCAUGAUAAAGAGGUUCUCAGGGCUGUUACAUGGGAGCCCAAAAAACUCUACUGAGAAUGCCACCCCCUCUGCCCCUCCUGCAGGGCCCAUCUCUGCUCCUCUGCAGAAGAAUGACAUCGUCUAUGCGGACAUUGUACAAACUAAUAGCACCCCAGAAGCCCUGGCCCAGGACUACAGGGUGCUUUAUGAUUAUGUGGCCCAGAAUGCUGAUGAACUGGACAUCACUGCUGGAGAUAUCCUGGCAGUCAUCCUGGAGGGAGAAGAUGGCUGGUGGACGGUUGAGAGGAAUGGGCAAAGGGGCUUUGUGCCAGGCUCCUAUCUGGAGAAGCUCUAAAGGAGCAUCCAGCCUUGACCCCUUCCCCUCUGCCUGAGUGAUCUGCCUGAUCACUCCUCUCACCCUGGAAGAGAUGCCCUCCAACCCCUCCUGCCUCAGUUUCUGGGGCAGCUCACACUGCCUUGACUAAGCCUUCUUCAUGGCUUCUAAUGGGCCAGGCCUGGGGGGUGGGAAGUCAGCUGUGUGGAAUGGGAAGAGCAAAGGAGCUAGCAUGGGAGAGACUUGGGUGCUAGACCUAGCUCAGUCCUUAAUGUAAUAUGUGCAAAUUGUUCAACCUCUCAGAUUCAGUUUCCCCAUCUUUGAAUUAAAGAGUUAGAUUAGAUCA